GCUGAGUUCAAAAGCAUACUAUAAUUUAUAUAUGGCGAAUGCGACAUGUCAUCUCUAUUUACAAAUUUACCGAUAUAUUUCUUAAAUACAUCUAAUUUCGAAGGAACUACAUGUAAAAGAAAACUAUAAAGUGGUGAUUGAAACAGUUAUAUGAUUUGAUGACUCGAAGGCUGGUAAUGCCCCCGUUACCUGGAGUUUUCGGUGAACGCAUAGAGGAUUACGAAGUAUUAAACUUACUCGGAAAAGGAGGUUUUGCUAGUGUAUAUCGAGCAAAAUGUCUUCGCAGCGGUAUGGAGGUUGCAAUAAAAAUGAUCGAUAUAAAAUUGAUGCAAGCUGCUGGGAUGGUGGGUAGAGUGAGUCAAGAAAUCACAAUUCACUCAAAACUGAAGAAUCCAGCCAUACUUGAAUUGUAUACAUGCUUUCAAGAUGCUAACUAUGUUUAUUUGGUAUUAGAAUUAUGUCAUAACGGAGAGCUUCAACGUUAUCUUAAAAUGCAAGGCUCUCGUGCACUGUCUGAAGAACAAGCUGGUGACAUAAUUAAGCAAGUAGUACAAGGAUUAUUGUAUUUACACUCACAUCAGAUACUUCACAGAGAUAUGUCUUUGUCUAAUUUGCUUUUGACUAAAGACAUGCAAGUGAAAAUAGCAGAUUUUGGUCUAGCUACCCAAUUAACAAGGCCUGAUGAAAAACAUUUAACUAUGUGUGGUACUCCCAAUUACAUAUCACCUGAGAUAGCAACAAGGUCAUCACAUGGUUUAGAAGCAGAUGUAUGGAGUUUAGGAUGCAUGCUGUAUACUCUCUUAGUUGGCAAACCUCCAUUUGAUACCGAUGCUGUUAAAAGCACUUUAACACGUGUAGUGAUGGCCGAUUAUGUCAUGCCAGCUUAUUUAUCAGAUAAUGCCAAAGAUCUAAUAGACAAAUUAUUAAAGAAGAAUCCAAAAGAUAGAAUUCAUUUGCGUGAUAUUCCAAAACAUCCAUUCAUCACUAAUUUAAAAAAAAACAGAUUGCACAGCGAGAAGAAUAGUAUGAACAAAGGAUUAUUAGGAUAUGGUAUUAUUGAUUCAGGGGUUGGAAGAACAUUAUCUUCAUAUGGAAGGACAAGAAUGCGUUGUAGAUCGGAAGAAAGAAGGCCGUCAACGCCUAUUAUGUCUAAUGCUCUUGGACCUAUGUUUAGUACAAAAAGCGAUCCUUCAUCCGAGCCUAUUAUAAGAACGUAUUCACGUAAAACAAAUGGCAUAGAUUAUCAUACUAAACAAAGUUCUGUAUUGACUGGAAUACCAUUGACAUCACAAAGCAAAGUUUUUUCACAAUGUGAGCACAGUUGCAACGUGCAUCAAGACGUUGACAAACAUAAGACUGACAGGCAUAGAAAAAAAGAAAAAGCUGAAAAUUGUUUUGAGAGUACAGAAAAUGGAGGAAAGCUACAAGUUUCCCCUUUGUCUUCUAAAAGAUUACAACAAACGAGGCAUAAAACAAAAACUGCGAUUUUUACUAUUCUAGAUAAUGGAGAAGUUUGCGUCGAAUUGAUCAAACGUAGGAAUGGGGUGGAAAAAAUUAAUGAAGUAUGUCGAAUAUCGAAUGAUGGUUUAAGAAUUAUUCUUUAUAAACCAACAUCUUCAACCGACGUUAGCAAUCAACCACUCCCAUUACCAAUUCGUGGAGCAGAUAGCAUUUACUCAUAUGAAAAUUUACCUCCCCGUCAUCAUAAAAAAUAUAUAUAUGCUUCUCGUUUUAUAAAGCUUGUGAAAAUGAAAACUCCGAAAUUAACGGUGUAUACUCAACGAUCCAAGUGUCUUUUUAUGGAAAACGGACCACAUCCAAAUUGUGAAAUUCACUUUUAUGAUGGAGUAAAGAUUGAACGUGUUGAUGGUAUUGUUAAAAUAAUAGAAAGAAAUGACGGUCCUACUUACGUCGAGGGCGAAUUUCCGUCACAUUUAGAUAAUUACUAUGAACACUAUUCAGAGUGUUAUCAACGUUGUUUGUUGUUAGAAUCUACUUUAACAUCUUUAGAAACAGCUACAGGAUAUUCUUGCUUUCCCAUUAUCAUUGGACGUAGGCCUAAUACAGCCUUAAAUGAUUCUCCUUGUGUACAAGGAAAAGAAAAUCUUUCACAGGCAACGAACAAUAUACCCAUAAUGCCAUCCUUUGAUGCUAGUUCUGUUACGUCUACUGUGGCAUCGCGAUCACGAAAAGCAAAUUCUAUACGAAAUAUUAGUAAUAGUUUUUGUAAAAUAGCAGUACCAGGUAUAGGUACUGCGACACAAUUAUCUUCUGGAGAGAUACAUGUCAAUUACAAAGAUGGUUCUACUUUAACUGUAAUUCCUAAAGGCGGUGGUAUAAUCUAUGAAAGUAAUAAUGGUAUUGUUACGAAAUAUAAUCAUCAUUAUCAACAAAACGUGGAUUUGCCGCAUAUUGUUAAAGAAAAAAUUGGCCACUUGUCUGAAAUUAUGAAAUAUCUUCUUCAACCAAAGCACAAAAACAUUCGGUAGUUUUUAAUUAUAUAUAUUUAAAUAUUCAAAUGUUUCAUAUAAAAGUAUAAAGAGUGGGUUAAAUAAAAUGUCCCAAACUAUUUCCUCAAAUUAGUGCAGAUAUUGACUGUAGUUAAAAAUAGUGACGAAGUAUAUUUUUUAAUAUACAAUUUUUUUAUAUUAAGAAAAAUUUUAUUAAUGAAUAGAAUUUUAUUAAUAAAUAGAAUUAUUAAUAUAUUUUUCUAUUUUUAAAAUAAAUUUAAGAAAUUUUAAAAAUUGGCGACGCACAAAUGACUAGUUUU